UGGCACCUGGAUAUAUAUACAGCGUGCCUUAUGGGCACCUCCAUCAGUGCCUUCUCUCACGCCAGUGCCGAGUCAACCAUGAUUCGUCGAGUAUACACCCUUGUUGUGGUGUGUCUGGUGGUGGCGUGGGUUAGCGCUGGUAAAUUCGGUGGCGGCUUUGGUGGCGGUGGAUUUGGAGGAGGUGGUUAUGGUGGCGGUGGCGGCGGUGGAUGUUGCGGUGGCGGAGGCUUUGGCGGUGGAUAUGGAGGUAAAGGCUUCGGUGGUGGCGGGUUUGGCGGUCAUGGCGGCGGGUACGGACGUGGCGGUUUCGGUGGCGGUGGCUUCGGUGGCGGCGGCUUCGGUGGCGGCGGCUUCGGUGGCGGCGGCUUCGGUGGCGGCGGCUAUGGACGUUAUGGCAAGUAAUAAGUCAUCAGUAUUCGCACAUGUCCUCCAGACUUCAUCUUUCUGGUGUAAACGUUACUCCAGCAAAUAAAUUCUGCAUUCUAAACUCUACAUUCUUUUUAUCCUUCAAUAUAUAUAUAUUUUUUUUACACUAGCCGA